CAUGGGUUGCUGUGGUUGUGGUGGCUGCGGUGGCCGCUGCAGUGGUGGCUGUGGUGGUGGCUGUGGUGGUGGCUGUGGUGGUGGCUGCGGUGGUGGCUGUGGUGGCUGUGGUGGUGGCUGUGGCAGCUACACCACCUGCAGGUGCUACCGGGUGGGCUGCUGCUCCAGCUGCUGCCCCUGCUGCCGCGGCUGCUGUGGGGGCUGCUGCAGCACACCCGUGAUCUGCUGCUGCCGCCGCACCUGCCGCUCAUGUGGCUGCGGCUGUGGGAAGGGCUGUUGCCAGCAGAAAUGCUGCUGCCAGAAGCAAUGCUGCUGUUAGGUGGGCUGGCCUGGCCUCCGUCCUGUGGUAGGAUAUGCUGGGGACUUUCCUUCACCCCAUUCACCUGCCUUACCCAUCCUCUGGGUAUCCUAGCACUUAUGCUCUUGGACUGUAACUUUGCUCCUGUAUUCUGGGUUCGUGUAUUUUCUGCUUUGGGUGUUUCCAGUCUGCCUACAUGAAAAGUUUCCUCUCUGAUAUCAAGCAGCCAAAACAAAGACACGAGGACAACCUACCUCUUCAGGAAGAGUCCACAUCACUGAGCUCAAUCAAAGAGGAUCAUGAUUCCCAACAGACUUUUUGAUGUAUAUGAUCAUUUCAUUUCCAUUAGUGUGCUUUUCUCUGCUCCUUUUCUACCUUGUAUUCCUAUUUGUCAAU